AUGCCCCCCGUCUGGUUCAUCACGGCCGCCUCCUCCGGCUUCGGCCACGCAAUCGCCCUCUCCGCCCUCCGCCGCGGCCACACCGUCGUCGCCACCGCCCGCAACCCAUCCCGCAUCGCGGACCUCGCCGCCGCCGGCGCCCACACGCUCCCCUACGACGUGACGGCGCCCCUCCCCGUCGCCAGGGACCUCGCCGAGCAGGUCUUUGCGCAGCACGGCCGCGUCGACUACCUGAUCAACGCGGCGGGCUACAUCCUCGAGGGUUCGAUCGAGGAGGCGAGUCCCGAGGAGGUGCUGGCGAGCUUCGACACGAAUGUGUUUGGGGCGAUGAGGACGAUUCAGGCGUUUCUGCCGCAUAUGCGCGCUCAGCCUGUUGCUGGGGAGAAUGAGGGAAGAGGAGAAGGAGGAGGAGUCAGGGGCGUGGUGGCCACGUUUGGGAGCCUGGGCAGCUGGAGGGGGUCGCCGAGUGCGGGCGUGUACGCCAUGACGAAGUGGGCGUGUUCUGCACUCGCCGAGACGCUUGCCCUCGAGCUGGAGCCGUUUCGGAUCAAGGCGACGGUCAUUGAGCCGGGGUACUUUCGCACGGGGUUCCUGAACCCCGGCACGAGGGUGUCGACGAGGGCGAGGCUUGAGGCGUAUGAGGACGAGGGCACGCCGACGGGGAGGGCGAGGAGGGGGCUUGUUGCCACGGAUGGGAGGCAGCUCGGGGAUGUGAACAAGGGGGCCGAGGUGGUUGUUGAUGUGUUGACGGGGACGGGGGUGGCCAAGGGGAGGGAUUUGCCUGUGAGGGUGGUGCUGGGGAGUGAUGCGGAGGGGGUUGUGAGGAAUAAGAUGGCGGAGACGGGGAGGAUCUUGGAUGAGUGGAGGGAGGUGAUUCGAAGCACGGAUUCUCCUCUUGAGGAGUAG